GCAUUCUGAUCCUAACUAUUCCGAUCUCAUAUACUACCAUUCAGUUCAAGUGGGAGGGAGAGCUCAUUGAAGGCUGGAAUUGAAACAUUACCUAAGGAUGAGGGAUUUAUAGCUGGAAGAGCAGCACCUGUUGCCUGGAACACCUCUCUCCGGCGCGGCUGUCUCUCUCUCUCUCUUUCUCCCUUCCUCUUAUAUCUCCGCGCCCAGCUGCUUCUCUCUUGUAUUCUUGUUCUUAGGCCGUCAUCUAGCUCUCCUCCCUUCCUUCCUCUUUUCUUUCUCUCAGUACGUGGUGAAGAAUGACCGGCAGUAGUGGCGGCGAUAGGAAGAGUUCCGGCGAGCAGAAAUAGGACUGAGCGUGCUGAUCCCGAUCUUCGCUUUCCUCGUUUUUUCGAUUUUCACGUUUCCCUUUUUCAUUUGUAACUUAUUUUCAAGCCUGGUCUCGAAAACGACAAUAGAUCCUCGACAAAUUGACGCUUCGGUGCUCAAAUCCUUCUAAUCUACCAGUUUGAGUCCUCCAAUUAAAAUUCCGAUGAAGGUGAAAGUUUUAUUAUAAACCAGGUGUAUCAAAUCGAAGGAAGUACUUGAAUUAAAAUCGUUGUAAAAUAUAUUCAUAGUGAAAUAUAUCAUUACAUAAUCAAGCGAAAUAAGUAGUCAUAUUGUGGCUGAAAUCCGAGAGAUAAUAUAGAUAUUGUGAGAUGAUGUUUAAUAACAAAAUAUGGUGAAUGCCAAUAGCAUAUAUUUUGUAUUGAUAGGAGUUUGGCAUUUGUGAAUGAUGCUAAAACAAAAAGAACGCGAUUAGGAGAAGUGUAUGAUGUUGAUAUAAGAUUUGAGCUAGAUCGUUGUCAUGGGCUCCUGGCACCAAUGGACAAGGAUGAGAUGUCAGUCAAUGAAGGGAAUUUUGGUUGGCAAAGAGAUGCGUUAUAUGGUUGAAUGUAUGGGUCGUAACAUCUCUUUGGAGUGACACGUUUGUAAAAAAAAAAAAAAAAAAUACACGAUGAUGUGAAUCUUCUUGAAUGUAAGAGAGUUUAGAGGAGUAGGUAACAAUUAAACCUCUUUGAUACACGGAGCAUAAAAAUGCUAGAUAUAUGUAAACCUACACUGCACAAAAAUGUGACAAGAUUUCACUGAUAUUAUACCGUCGAAAUAUUAUAUCGAACCUAACAUAAAUUUACUUUAAACAUCCGUAACCAUAGAAGUCGACCCAACAUAAUACAUUUCAUAUCCAACUCUAGUUCUCAUUUUUCCUUCUUCACAGCUAAUUCACUCCCAACUCUUGUACUAAAUUUUGUAUCGAAUCUCUUAUAAAAUAAAAAAAAUCUGUAUCGAAUCGAAGUAGACCAUUACCAAAGUUUUGGUGAUGGUUUCGGUAAUUUUGUGCCCAAGACCCGACCGAGGUUGUAAAUUAGCCUGAAACGGGAACAAAAAAAGGACCGACACAAACAACGCUACAAUUCACAUUUUCUCCCCUUUCGUCUUCCUUGCUUCCCCCAAUUUAGGGUUUCAGGAAAUCUUUGGAAUCGGCCGGAAGCCCAGUCAUGGCCGAAGUCAUUAACAUGCCCGUCGAUUCCGUCGACCGCCGGGACGGCGGCAAGGAGAAGUCAGGCGACGAGGAUCCCCAAUCGUCGCCCCCGCCCCCUCCUCCUCAUAUGCCUCCGCGUCGUCGUGACAGCGACUCCCGCGAGCGCCGGGACGACAGGGACAUCGACCGCCCUCCCAAUCGACGAGGAGGAGGCGGCGAUUAUUACGACCGGAAUCGGUCACCUCCGCCUCCGCCUAGGGACAGGGAGAGAGAUUACAAGAGGAGGAACAGUUUGAGCCCCCCGCCGGUUCCGUAUCGGGAUAGGAGGCAUUCCCCGCCGCCGCGUAGGUCUCCGCCGUACAAGAGGACGAGAAGGGAGGAUGGCGGUUACAACGGGAGGAGAGGCGGAAGGCCUGGUUAUGAAUUUGGUGGUGGAUAUGACCGAGAGAUGGGUGGAAGGCCUGGGUACGGUGAUGAGCGGCCUCAUGGUCGGUACAUGGGUGGUCGUGGUGGAUAUCAAGGUAGUUAGUUACUUUUGGAAAACCAAAUCUGAAAUGUCUCAUAAUCCAGCUCCAACUGUUUUGUUAUAAUCCUGAAUUCUAAUAGAAUACUCUUUUAGUGGUUUUUCUUUCAUAUUAUGUGGACGAGUUACAAAGUCCAGGAGGAUUUACUUGUCUUCCCAAAUCUUAAAAGUUGCAUUGGCAUUUGUCUUUAGAGCGUGGUCCUUCUGGUGCAAUAACUUCGCAAGUGAUAAAAGUAGGCUCAUUGCCCCUGGAACUCAUCAAGCAGGCUGCUUAUGUGCUUCUCUCAGGGCAAUGUGAAUUCAGACUCCUCUGAAGCAUGCUUUCAGCUGCUAUUUCUUUUGUAGAAGGUUCUAGCGCAUUCUUUUCCCUUUGAGUGCUGUAAAAACUUAGCUGCCGAUGGUGUAGGUGAAAGCGACUCUAUUCCCUGUGAUAUCUCAUUUUCUCAGCUUAAACUUCUUGAAGGAGGUUAUUGCUAUGUGGGUGAGAACCGGGAAUGGGAUGAAAGUGUUCAUGAGAGGUCUUGUGGUGUGCCGGUGGAACGGACUUGGAGAGAAUAUAAUGGUUGACUAAAUUGUUUUCAUUUAU